GCCGCGGAGAGGCAGCGCGCAUGCGCGACGCGGGAGGCGGAGGCGGGGGAAAAUGGCGGACGGCAGAGCUGAGGGGGAGAAGGCGAAGCGGCCGCAGCCCGGAGGAGGACCUGAAGAAGAGGCAGAAAAACCUGUGAAAACUAAGACUGUUUCUUCCAGUAAUGGAGGAGAAAGUUCGAGUCGCAGCGCAGAGAAACGGGCAGCUAAUGAAGAAGCUGAAGACUUCACCACAAAGCCUGCUCCUGCCAAAAUGUCCAAGUUUGGAUUUUCCAUAGGCAGUCAGACAGCAAAGAAGGCAUCUGCAAUAUCCAUCAAACUAGGAGCAAAUAAGCCUAAAGAGCCUGUUCCAACCCUUGCUCCAAAAACCCUUUCUGUAGCAGCAGCUUUCAAUGAAGAUGAAGAUAGUGAACCAGAAGAAAUGCCUCCAGAAGCCAAGAUGCGCAUGAAGAACAUUGGAAGGGAUACACCAACCUCAGCAGGACCAAAUUCCUUCAAUAAAGGAAAGCAUGGUUUUUCUGACAACCAGAAGCUAUGGGAACGAAAUAUAAAAUCUCAUCUUGGAAAUGUCCAUGACCAAGAAAAUAACUAGAUGAUGUGGAUUGAGAGUUGGGUGUUUGGGGGGAGGGUAGGGUGUAACGUUAAAGGAACAGUUUCCUUUUUUAAGAAUGGUAUAAGACUAUCUUUGGAGCCACUUUUUUAAGAUUGAGUGGUACACUAAUAACUGAGUUUGAAAUUAGAGGUAAUUUAUGUUUUGUAUACAGAUUUCAAGGCAUUUGCUAAUUUUGUAGUUCCAUGUGAUUAGUUUCAAAAGGUUACAGAUAAUAAAGAAAUUGGAGUGGUA